AUGGCGAAUGCCACUCGGGGAGCAUCAAGGUCACGUUCCAAGACACCGCGUCGUGCGACGUCGCGCAGGCGUGGUGGGUCGCCGACGCCCAAACAGAGUUUGGAACUCAACCCACGCACGGUGGGCUACGAGUGGGGCGGGCCUGUGGGCGCAGCGUGCAUGGUACUGCUUCUCCCCUCCAUCGUGCUUGCGCUGAAUACUCUGUGUUCUGAGACGCAGUGCCGUAUCGAUGGUGUGUACACGCUUCCAACGACGCUGGUGGAGACUAUCAAGGCAUCUGUGCCGUAUCUCCCGCAGGCACUCGGACUCGAGCUGGCGUGGAUGGCACUACACGCACUGCUGUAUCUUGUCCCCAUCGGCAAGCAGGUGAAGGGAAUGAAGCUGCGCAAUGGGGAGACGCUCGUGUAUAACAUCAACGCCGUGUACGUCUUUGUUGUGAUUCACGCCGUCUUGGGCGGGCUUCACUACAAGGGUAUCAUUGACUUGGCAGAGCUAGCAGAUAUGUUUGUACCGCUGAUGCUCGCAGCCAUCAUUAUCUCCACAGCGAUGAGCGUCGUGCUGUACAUGGCUUCUUUCCGCGCACCUACGGUUCUACUUUCCGCUGGUGGAAACACUGGCAGCCCCGCGUACGACUUCUGGAUUGGCCGCGAGCUGAACCCGCGCAGCGGCGCGCUGGACUGGAAGUUCAUGUGUGAGCUGCGCCCUGGCCUCAUUGGGUGGAGUGUGCUCAACUGGGCCUUCGUCGCGAAGGCGGUGGCGACAGGCACGUGGACGCCGAGCAUUGUUGCCAUUGCGCUGCUCGAUUCAUUCUACACCUUUGAGGGCCUCCUAUUUGAGGAGGGGAAUUUGACUAUGAUGGACAUUGUGCACGACGGGUUUGGCUUCAUGCUAUGCUUCGGUGACCUCACGUGGGUGCCCUUCACCUACACGCUCAAGGCGAGAUUCCUUGCGUACCACCCGGUGGAGCUCAGCAACGCGUACGUGGCCUUCUUCUGCGUGCUUACCCUUGUGGGCUACAUUAUCUUCCGUGGCGCCAACAAUCAAAAGAACAAAUUCCGCCAGAACCCCCGCGACCCUGCGGUGGCAAAGCUGAAGGUGAUGCGGACGUCACAGGGCAAAUCGCUCAUCAUCUCCGGCUUCUGGGGCAUCUGCCGCCACCCCAACUACGUGGGCGAUUGGCUCGUGACAUUGGGGUGCGCAGCGCUCACUGGCACGACGGCGCUCUUGCCGUUCUUCCAGCCGGUGUACUUCGCCGUCCUUCUAAUUCACCGGCAGCUGCGCGAUGAGCAGCAUAUGAGAGAGAAAUAUGGUGAGAAGGACUGGGCGAAGUAUACCAGCAUCGUUCAGUAUCGUCUCAUUCCCUUUGUCUACUGA